AUGCAUUCAGAGUUUCAUGCUAAUAUACCUGAGGAGAGGGCAGAGAUAGUGGACCAGCAUCAGAAGAAACAUGAUCCUGGCAUAUCGACCUCGGUUAGUAUCCCCAAACAUAUCAACUUCCCCCUAAAGUCUUCCCCACAAAAGCAGCAUGUGUGUGCUGGCUCUGAGAUGGUAAAGAAAAGGACUGAUGAGCUCUUAAAGAAGAGGGCCACGUGGAAAAGAAGGGCCAGGGAGGCACACCAAGAGGAGCCCAUUAUUUUGGGCAUGUUAACUAGAAACAGAAGGAAAAAAGGUCCAACAAGCCAGGGUGAUGAAGUGGCACCCGACAGAAAAAAGAGAGCCAAUCUUGGCCUUGGUACAAAAGGCAUUAAUCCAAAGUUGGAAGCCUCAGGAAAAGAGGUGUUGUUUUCUGGUUUUUAUGGUUCUCCUUUUACUGCUAAUAGACCAGAUAGUUGGAAGCUUUUGAGGCUACUGCAACCAAAGAAUGAACAAGCGUGGUUUUGCUUUGGAGACUUCGAUGAAGUUCUACAUCAACAUGAGAAAUAUGGGGCUACCUGUAGACCUUAUCACCAGAUGGAACAGUUUAGACAGGCUGUGGAGUGCUGUGGCUUAAGUGAUUUAGGCUUUGUAGGGCCUAAAUUUACUUGGAGUAACAACCGUGAGGAAGUCAGUUCACCAAGGAAAGGCUUGAUCGUGUAUUUGAACUCAAACACUGGCUCAAACAACAUGGAGAUCAAGAACCUACAGAAGGACAUUGACAGGCUAUUGGAAGAGGAAAGUCUCAAAUGGCAGCAAAGAGCUAAACAAAAGUGGCUGAGAGAUGGGGACAAGAAUUCCAAGUUUUUCCACAGAUGUGCUAAUCAAAGAAAACUCAAUAAUGAGAUUACUAAGCUAGCACUGGAGGAUGGAAGAAUUAUUAAACAUAGGGAUGGUGGUGAAGUCACUAAGGCUGUCCUAGAGGUCCUGAAUCAAGCAGGGGACGUAGAGCCAAUCAAUGACACAUAUGUGGUUUUAAUCCCUAAAUUGAAGAACUCCCAAACUGUACUAGAUUUUAGGCCCAUAUCUCUAUGUAAUGUGCUCUAUAAAAUUGUUUUAAAAGUGCUGUCUAACAGGCUUAAGUCCAUCCUUCCCCACAUCAUCUCUUCCACACAAAGUGCCUUUGUGCCUGGCAGGAUGAUCAUGGACAAUGUUAUGGUUGCCUUCGAGACCUUGCAUUCUAUGAAAAUAAAAGGGAAGGGGCAGCAAGGUUACAUGGUUGUCAAGUUGGAUAUGAGUAAGGCAUAUGAUAGGGUGGAAUGGGUUUUUUUGAAGCAGGCCAUGGAGAAGAUGGGGUUCCACCAAAGAUGGAUCUCUUUGAUUAUGAAGUGUAUAUCCUCAGUAUCAUACUCUAUACUUAUUAAUGGAGUCCCUAAAGAAAGUUUUCUUCCAUAUAGGGGUAUUCGACAGGGGGAUCCCCUCUCUCCAUACCUUUUUAUCCUGGUCUCUGAAGUGCUCAGUAGCUUGCUAUUUCAGGCUGAAACUGUUAGGGACAUUCAUGGCAUCCCUAUAUCACGUGGCAAACUAAGCAUUAACCACCUAUUUUUUGCAGAUGAUAGUCUUUUUUUUUGUAGGGCCAAUACUAAGGAGUGGACAACCCUUAAUAGGAUUAUUGGCAUCUAUGAACAUGCUUCUGGACAGCAACUCAACAAAGCCAAGACUUUUAUUUUCUUUAGUGCCAAUACUAGAAAGGCUACUAAAGAAUACAUUCUGAGCUUGGCUGGUACUCGUUCCACUUCCUCCUAUGAGAAGUAUCUUGGACUUCCUGCUCUCAUAGGAGCUUUCAAGGAAAUUCUAGACAGAAUGAGGAGUAGGAUCAGCAACUGGAAAACUAAACUCUUAUCCUGGAAAACUAAACUCUUAUCACAAGCAGGGAAGGAAAUCCUAUUAAAAGCUGUCAUACAAGCCUUGCCAACAUAUUGCAUGGGAGUAUUCAAAUUGCCCAAGUCCUUGCUUAAUGAAUUUAAUCGAGUUAUGCAUCAGUUCUGGUGGGGCCAUAUGAACCAUGAAAAGAAGGUGCACUGGGUCUUAUGA